AUCAUCAUCAUCAUCAUCAUCAUCAUCAUCAUCAUCAUCAUCAUCAUCAGCCUGGUUAUGCCCACUGCAGGGCAAAGGCCUCUCCCAUACUUCUCCAACUACCCCGGUCAUGUACUAAUUGUGGCCAUGUUCGUUUGUUCCCUCACCACUGCGGAUGGCUUAUUGGAAGCGCAGCUCACAAACGUCAAUUUGAAGGUUCAGCCUGGGUCUCUCGUCGGCGUCGUGGGCUUUUUAGGAAGCGGAAAGUCUUCGCUUCUUGCUGCGAUUCUUGGAGAUAUGCACCUGAUUGAAGGGAACGUUACGUGUACUGGCCGGGUAGCAUUCUCUCCACAGCUUCCAGUUGUGCAUAAUAUGACUAUCAGAGAUAAUAUUUUGUACGGCAAGCCUAUGAACGCCCCCUUCUACCAUCGUGUUAUUCGUUGCUGCCAACUUGUUGACGACAUAAAUAAGCUGGAGGCUGGAGAUUUGACUGAAGUCGGUGAAAAGGGAAACAGCCUCAGCGGUGGUCAAAAACAGCGCAUAUCCAUCGCCCGCGCUGUGUACAGCCAGAGUGACGUGUACCUGCUGGACGACCCGCUUAGCGCCCUGGAUCCAGUCGUUGCUAGCUGCGUAUUCCAAGAAGUCAUAGGAAAUAAUGGCUUGCUUCAGCACAAGACGCGAAUAAUGGUCUGCAAUCAAGGACGUUACUUACACCACAUGGAUAAACUCAUCUUUGUCACUAGGGGAAGGAUUAAGGUAUUGGAUAGGAUUGAAGAUCUCCUUAAGGACCCCGAUGCGCCAGAAAACUUCCGAGCAACGCUUAAUCAACGUUCCCUGCAGAACGGGACAGCAAUUCCAGGCCUGCGGAUUAUUGAAGAAAACGACAUGGUUGGACGACUCACUGUGGAUGAACUGGGACAAUCUGAAAUGACAGGGUGGCAGCUGCUGCGUAGCCUCCUGCAGCUGGUGCAGUGGCCGGCAUUUCUGGGUGUACUGGCUUUCUUCGGAGCGGCGUGUGCAUUUGCGGCAGAGCAACUGUGGAUCAAGCAGUGGACAGAUGCGGCAUUGGCUGAUGACAACACGGAUUCGCCGUCUCGGCAACUUGCCUGGGUCAAAGGGUUGGUGGCCUUGUGCUUGACUGAUGUGGGUUCCCGCAUCGUGGGAAGCAUGCUCCUCGUGCUCUCGGCGAAGGAAGCGUCACGAUGCCUGCACGACGACAUGCUGAGACACGUGCUUCGUAGUCCAGUAUCUUUCUUCGACGAGUCACCCAGGGGUCGCAUACUAAACCGGUUCGCCACCGACCUGGAGUACGUGGACGUGCGAGCGUUCCUGAGCGGCCAGCAAAGUGUUCAGAGUACACUCGUCACACUCUCUAAGACUGCUGUGAUUGGAACACAGUCACCGAAUAUGGCUGUCAAGGUUUCUCACAGCGCUCGCUAUUACGAGAGCCUGUCCAUGUCCCGGCUUCUGCAACACACAACCGAGACGGUGGACGCCCUGAGCAGCGUGCGAGCAUACGGCGCGACUGAGUGGUUCCGGCGACACUGCUUCCGCCUUGUGGACGACGCGAUGCGUGGCUACCUAUGCUUCAGCAUCACGUUCCGUUUCAUACGCACGCUGACAGCCACAGGGGGUUUCGUGGUUGUGAUGUGCACGCUGCUGGUAAACGUCUUGUUCCCUGGCCCCAACGGGCCGGAUCCCAGCAGCCUAGGGUUGGCUCUCAGCUCCGCCUGCUCGAUACCUCUGUCACUGAUGUCUCUGUGCGUGGUGCUGUUCAACGUGCUGCAAAUGACUGUGUCGCUUGAGCGCUGCCUGCAGUAUACGAAGCUUCAACCAGAGGCCCACAACACCAUCUGCUGCUGGUGGUCCCACGAGUCCGAGCUGGACAGCACAGCCUCUCACGGUUCAAUGGCCGACGUACCAACGGGGUGCAGCAAAACAAAGCCUCCGCUCUCCGAAUACCUGUCCAGCUGGCCCAGUGAAGGGAGGAUUGAGUUCCAGAAUUACUCAUCUUCCUAUCGUCCAUAUGUGCUGCCAGAUGUGCUAAGUGACGUCACGUUCGAAAUUCAGCCCAUGGAAAAGGUCGGAGUGGUGGGGCGCACCGGAGCGGGCAAGUCGUCACUGGUACUCGCCCUCUUGCGUGUGCUCAGGCCAACCGGAGGUCGCAUCCUCAUCGACGGCGUUGACAUCUCGACGGUACCACUCCAGAUGCUACGAAGGAGCAUUACAGUCAUCCCGCAGGACCCGAGCCUUGUUAGGGGAACACUCAGGAUGAACCUGGAUCCCACCAAUUCUCACUCUGAUAUGGACAUCUGGCAAGCCUUGGAACGCUCCCACCUUGCCAAGUUCGUCUUAAAGGACCCAAAAGGAUUAUUGCUAGAAACAAGAGAUGGCGGCGACAAUCUAAGCGUGGGUCAGCGGCAGCUUGUCUGCCUGGCGCGUGCCCUCCUAAGGAAGUCCAAGAUCCUGUUGCUUGACGAGGCCACAUCACAGAUGGACGGUGACACGGAUCGCCUCAUACAGGUCACAAUCAGGGAGGCAUUCGCGGACUGCACUGUUGUCACCGUGGCACAUCGCAUUCAUACGGUCCUCGACUGCGAUAGGGUCCUUGUUCUUGAAGAUGGCAGAGUCCGAGAGUUCGAUUCCGUACAAAAACUGCUUGGGGACUCCUCAUCUGAUUUCUACCAUAUAGCAGGGGAGGCUGGCAUUCAAAGCGCUUCAAAGAAGAGUCAGUCUGCCGUGACGGUGCUCUAAUUUUUAUUUAUGAGAUAAUUGUAAUA